AACAGGACCUACCGCUAUAGGGAGUCCAGAAACAUUACAGGACAUUAAGCGGAAAUGUUUUGAUUUUCUAUUGAGACAGUUCGGAAAAGAUGCUCUAACUGCGCCAGAGUUAUUGUUUCCUGAGCUAUAUCUGAAGGCAUUUGAUGAUUAUCCUAUUGGACCAUGUGGUGAAUCUGAAUCUUACUUUGGAAUUGGACCAUUUGUUGUUGAUUUUGACUCCUCUCGGUACAAUGAAUGGUGUAGUACCUAUAUUCUGGAUUCUAGGACACCAAAGUUAAAUGCUUUACGAAUUCUGCGGGCCAUGCAGUUGUCAAAACCAAUUUUAUUGGAAGGUAGUCCAGGUGUUGGAAAAACAAGUAUGAUCAGUGCUUUAGCUAAAGCCUCUGGGCAUAAGUUGGUGCGCAUUAACCUGUCAGAGCAAACGGAUAUAUCUGAUUUGUUUGGCGCUGAUUUGCCUGUUGAAGAUGGUGAGAAAGGUGAAUUUGCUUGGCAUGAUGGGCCAUUACUUCAAGCUUUAAAUCAGGGUGACUGGAUUUUACUUGAUGAGCUGAAUCUGGCUUCUCAGUCUGUUCUUGAAGGGCUGAAUGCAUGUUUGGAUCAUAGGAAUGAAAUACAUAUUCCUGAACUUGGUCAAACAUUCCAUGUAAGAAAGCAUGUUUCCCGAAUAUUUGGAUGUCAGAAUCCUCAUAGGCAAGGAGGAGCUCGUAAAGGCCUGCCAAGAUCAUUUUUAAAUCGGUUUACUCAGGUAUAUAUGAAACCCAUGGAACCUUGUGAUUUUCAAUUUAUAUCUACACAUGUGUUUUCCAGCAUAUCACCACAACUCAUUUCAGCUAUGAUUACAUUUAAUAAUGAGCUUCAUUCUGAAUUGAAUGUGAAGAGAUUAUGGGGACAAGAUGGAUAUCCUUGGGAAUUUAAUCUUCGAGACAUUUUUAGAUGGUGUGAAGCAAUGGUUAUCAAUCAAAAUGAAUCUGAUUAUAACCUAGGAGAAUAUGUGAAAUUAAUUUAUGUUGAUCGUAUGCGCAGUGUUGCCGAUAAAAUUCAAGUAUGUAAAGUGUUUGAUUCUGUAAUGCAACAGUAUGGAAUGGACAGAAGUUCACGUUAUGAAACUGUGAGACAUCUGGAUUUGAAUGUAUUUGACAACUGUGUUCAGUUGGGUUAUUCUUUCUUACCACGUGUAGGUCAGAAUCUUUCAGAUGCUAAAAUGAUGAGUAUAGCACAUAGACAAUUAUCUGGUCUUGAAUCACUGAUGAAGUGUAUUGAAAUGAAAUGGAUGGCGAUUUUAGUUGGACCACCGGGGAGUGGCAAAUCAACACUGGUACGUCUUCUGGCUGAUCUCACAGGCAAUAUACUGCAUGUUAUAUCUGUGAAUUCAGAAAUGGAUACAACUGAACUUCUCGGAGGAUUUGAACAGGCUGAUAUGAAUAGAAAGAUUGAAUUUUUAAUUCAACAAUUAGAACCUGUAGUCCAACAAGCCAUUCUGCGUUGUAUUGAAUCUACUGACAGUGCUUCUGGAGAUUAUCUCAGGCAUAUUCUACUUCAGAUGGAUUCUCUUGCUCAGACUAAACAAGACUUAUAUUCAGAUCAGGUAGCUCGAAGUACCAAUUAUUAUCAAAACAAGUUGAGACAUCUAAGAGAUCUUAUAGAUACAUUGCUUUCUAUAUCAUCUUCUAGAAUGAAGCGUUUUCUAACAAAUUUCAAGGAAGAAGUUGCUGAGUUAUUUUCUAAAUUGAAUUCAAGUGUAGGGUCAAUUGGUGGGCAGUUUGAAUGGAUGGACAGUGUCUUAGUCCAGGCUGUUGAGAAAGGACAUUGGGUUUUAAUUGAUGAUGCAAAUUUUUGCAGUCCCUCUGUUUUGGACCGACUGAAUGCUCUUUUGGAACCGAAUGGUUUUCUCACAAUUAAUGAGCAAGGUGCCAUUGAUGGUGCACUGCGAGACGUUUGUCCUCAUCAAAAUUUCAGAAUAAUUCUUACAAUGAAUCCUAGAAAUGGAGAAAUAUCCAGAGCUAUGCGUAACAGAGGAAUAGAGAUAUAUUUAGAGCCUGUUUCAUCUAAUCUUCAUGAAGAAAAGGAUUUGUUUGACAUGGUUGCCUUUUCUCAAUGUCAGGGUUUAGUUCACUCUGGGAUGAUAUUUUAUUUAUAUGAUAUUCAUCAAAGAUUGACCGAUUGUUCAGAAUAUGAAGAUCCAAGUUUGUCUGAUUUCAUAAGUGCUUCAGCCUUGUGUGUACAGUUGCUUCAAAAACAUGAAGAUGCUCAUAUGUGUUUAUCAAAAGUUGCUGAAUUAGUAUAUGUGAAGAACAAUUUAAAUGUAACAUCCCGCCAGGUUGCUGUAUCUAUAAUUCAAGAGGUGAUGGAGAAACUUCCAAGACUUACUGUAGAUGAAGGUAUCCCAUUAACUAGUUUGUUGCCAACUUCCCUGGAUUAUCGUCAAAAUGCAUUUCUUGCUUCUGUCAGGAAGCAAGGUUUAAUGAUAGUAUAUUUUUUUAAACAUUUCAAAGAUUGCUUAAAAGAGUUGAAAAGACUUAAAGAGGGUAUUAAUUGGAAGCCAAAAUUCUCUCCUUAUCCAGUGCCUGAUAUACCUCCCUUGGAGUCGAUUGAAUUUGAGAUAAGAAAAUUUAUAUGUAUAAUGCGAAUUAUGUUUCAAUCAUGUUCUAUUGAACAAUAUAAAUUUCUGGAUCACUGGUUGGACACUAAACUGGAAGAUUUCCUAAAAAAUACUGUAUCGGAUGAUUUGCACAGAAUAUUGAAAUCAAUUCUUAAAUUUAAGAAUGUACUCAGUGAGCAAUUAAGAAACCCUGUCACAGGUGAUUUAGCAACCAUUGUAACAAGCAUUGUUAAAGAAAGCAAAGAAAACAAUGCAGCGUACUUGUACAGUGACUUAAACGAGGAUGUGUAUAUGACUCCUCCACCUGGUUGA